AAUAUAAAUGAAUUAAAGAAGACAGAGAUAGGGAGUAGUGAAAUAUCUCAAUCUUAUCUUUUACAAAAAUUUUAAUUAAUAAUGCGAAAACUAAGGAGUCCUUAGCAUUUAUGGUGAAAUUUUGCAUCAUUGUGAAAUUGUUAAAAAAUUCAGGUCCUGGCUGCCCUUGGCCCUCCCUCACAACGUAACCCAUCCAAUCGGCUGGGCGAUCGAAGCCUCCAUCUUUUAUAUGUUUUGUAUUUUGAUUCGAAGCCUCCAUUUUUGUUAGAGUCAAAAAUCAUCAAAUUUCUAAGAGCGACAGAUGGAGCCAACGUGGGCGUGGAAUUGAAUUCAAAGUCAUUGAAUGACGGAAUCGUCAAGCUAUUAGCAUUUGGCGGAUUAGCCGUCCGAAUUGUCAGAGUAUUUUUUAAAGUCUUCGCCAACCCUUUCCCGCAUUUGUUAAUUAAAAAAAAAAAAAAAGGAAAAUUCGCUCUACAUUUUGGCUCAUUCACUACUGUCUGACUCCCUCUCUUUGAAUUUUUACAAGUUUGAAUCAUCAACAGAUUUUUCUGCAAUGAAGAGAUACAGGAAUGGCGAGAUCUGGGACUUCGAGCACGAGGUGGCGGUGCCGACGAACAGGCAGGUGAUUUUAGGAUUGGACGGUGGAACCACUUCCACUGUUUGCGUUUGUAUUUCAAUUAUGCCUUUCUCCGACGCUCUUCCUGACCCACUUCCCCUUCUCGCCCGUGCCGUCGCCGGCUGCUCGAAUCACAACAGCGUUGGCGAAACUGUUGCCAAAGAAACAUUGGAGCAAGUUAUGGCAGAUGCGCUUUCAAAGUCUGGUUCUAAUCGAUCUGCAGUUCGAGCUGUUUGUUUAGCAGUAUCUGGUGUUAACCAUCCUACAGACCAGCAAAGAAUAUUAACCUGGCUUAGAGACAUAUUUCCCAGCCAUGUAAAGCUCUAUGUACGAAAUGAUGCUGUGGCAGCUUUGGCUAGUGGGACAAUGGGUAAGCUCCAUGGUUGUGUACUAAUUGCUGGUACAGGAACCAUUGCAUAUGGAUUCACAGAAGACGGCAGAGAAGCUCGAGCAGCUGGCGCAGGACCUGUCCUAGGAGAUUGGGGAAGUGGAUAUGGAAUAGCUGCACAGGCACUAACUGCUGUAAUUAGGGCUCAUGACGGUCGUGGUCCACAAACGAUGCUUCAAUCUACCAUUUUGCAGACCCUUGGUCUUUCUUCUGCAGAUGAACUAAUUGGGUGGACCUAUGCAGAUCCAUCCUGGGCUCGCAUUGCAGCACUUGUUCCAGUUGUUGUCUCUUGUGCAGAGGCUGGUGAUGAAGUUGCGAAUAAGAUCUUGAAAGAGGCAGUUCAAGAGUUGGCUUUAAGUGUGAAAGCUGUUGUUCAGAGACUUGGCUUGUGUGGUGAAGAUGGAAAAAACUCCUUUCCUCUUGUUAUGGUUGGCGGUGUUCUUGAAGCGAAGCAGAGGUGGGACAUAGGAAGAGAAGUCAUGGAAUUUAUCUCGAAGGACUACCCAGGGGCCCUUCCUAUUAGGCCUAAGGUAGAGCCUGCAGUUGGAGCGGCGUUGCUAGCUUGGAAUGAAUUCAUGAAAGAAUGUCUUCAGGAACCGUACAGAAGAUGAUGAUUCAGAAUUCAAUUGUACAGGACAAGGAUAAUUAAAAGGGAAACAAGCAGCUUGAAAUGAAAACUUAAGUGGCUAAGGCGUUAAGCAUAUUUUUUGGUAUACUAUUAGGCAUUGUACGAAUCGAGUAUCUGUAAGUUGAUGUCAUAUGGUAGAUUUCAUUGUUGAAGAGCUAUUCCCUGUCAAAGUGUAAACAGUAUAGAUAGAAAUUGUGAAAGAGCGGUGCAUUCUUGUAUUGUAAUGGCUAAUAUGAAGCCAAUGAUUUUUUUCAUGGGUAUUUUUUUUACACAGGAUGUUAAAGCUUAGGGAUAAGUAAAUGAGCUAUAUGUGUUGGAAUUUGAAUUUUAUAUUAA